GAGGGGAAAGUCUCUCAGAAUGGGAGAAGACCUCAAAGCAUACAGCCGCCCUGGAGGGAAUGAGAUCUCAAGACAGUCUCGAGGAAGACAAAGAUUCCUAUCCCGCCUGACUGAUAGAAAACUCACAACAUUAUCAGUAACUUUACUCCCACAGGUUCUUCUCCGCUCACACCACACUGUGACAGGUAGCAUGAGAUAUGCAUAUUUGGUAGAAACCAUCUUACCUGACUAACCAAGGUUUUGAUCCUCCCCCGAUUAUUUGAAUGUCAACAGACUUAAGAGCUGAAGCUUCACUUUGCUGAGAGACUGCACGCCAGGCACGAGGCUCCCUACUCCUCCCCUCUACCACUCUGUCUUUUACUGGGCUCUUGUCCAGAGAAUGACUGGCCCCAGUGGACCUGAGAAGAGGAUCACACACCGAAGACAGAACAGCAGCUUUUACUCUGCAGGCUGGGAUUCUACAAAUCAGCAUAUUUAACACCAUUUUGGGAUUCGUAGACUGGCUUGUCAUUUUUCCACUUUUUUUUUUCUUCACUACAUCAGAAACAGUGGAGCAAACGCUGCAUUUGCUGACAGCUAAUAAAAACAGACGGACUAACAUAUGGACAGAAAGCAGUGAGCACUGCGGCGUGAAUGUAGCAACUGGACUUCUAUCUGUGGUUGCUAAGACCAAGCAAGGAUAAUAGCCAAAGCACUUUCAUUUCCACCAAAGGUUGUGGGUGGAUGCAGCUUUCAACAGACUGCUAUAGGGGAAAGCAGUCACUGCAUACAGACUGCCUGUAUAGCUUAUCGGCAUUGUGAUAACUCAGAGAUAAUGCUCUGCUAGCUUGAAAUAAAUUAUUCUUCAAUACUGAGGACUAUCCUCUGGGUGGAAAUACAUUAAAAUACCUGUGGAGUUUCAACCUCUCUUAUACUUUGCUGCUCAUGCUGUGUGGACUUUCAGCAUUUUAACCUAAUGACUAUAGAAUGUUAGUAUUAGAGAUCAUGGCAGGAUGGAUGCAAUGUGUAAAUCAGUCACUGAUGCUGCUAUGUCUUAUUUUCCUGGGAAUGGCUCCCACUGCAAACAGCAUAUACCCAAGGAUACGGCUCUCCCACAAAGAGCUUCUGCAGAUGAACAGGACCUGGAUCUUCCAGGGACAAGGAUUGCUUCUUCAGCCCCAGACCAUGCUGCUGGAUGAGAGCCACCAAAGACUUUAUGUUGGUGCCAAGAAUGCUUUGUUCUCCCUUAACUUGGACAGGGUCAAUGCCCACUAUAGACAGAUUAACUGGGGGAGUACUGAAUUUCAAAUAGAGGAGUGCAUGAUGAAGGGUAGGGAAAAGCCUGAAUGUGCAAACUAUAUUAAAGUCUUGCAGCAAUACAACCAAACUCAUUUGCUGGUCUGUGGAACAGGAGCCUUUAAUCCUGUCUGUGCCAUGGUCAGAGUGGGACACAAAGGACAGGAAACAACGUUUGCUCUUGAACAAGAGAGUGUUAUGAGUGGGAAGGGACGCUGUCCAUAUGACCCCAACAGUUCCUGUAUUUCAACACUCCGCAGAGGAGAGCUUUAUAUUGGCCUUUACACUGACUACUGGGAAAAUGAUGGUGCCUUGUGUCGACUAAACAACAACACCUACACUCGCACUGAAAGGAACGACAGGCAGCAGCUCAAUGAGCCUAAGUUUGUGGGGUCAGCAGUUAUCCCAGACAAUGAUGACAGAGAUGAUGAUAAAGUUUACUUCUUCUUCACUGAGCGGGAGACUGACGGAGAAGGAGUGAACCGAGGGGUCCUUACCCAGAUUGGUCGAGUGUGUGCGAAUGACCAAGGAGGACAGAGAAUGCUGGUGAACAGAUGGAGCUCCUUUCUGAAAACUCGUCUCAUCUGCUCUGUGCCUGGACCAAACGGCAUUGACACACACUUUGAUAAUCUUGAGGAUGUUUUUGUGCUCACAAAGAAAGAUGAAAAAAACCCAGAAAUCUUUGGCCUCUUCAGCACAACCAGUGCUGUGUUUAAGGGCUAUGCAGUUUGUAUGUAUCACAUGGAAGACAUAAGAGCAGCUUUCAAUGGACCAUUCGCCCACAGAGAGAGACUUGAGCAUCACUGGACAGCCUUUGAGGGCAAAGUCCCUUAUCCUCAACCUGGAUCUUGUGCCAGUAAAAUGAACGGCGGAAGCUUCUCCAACUCAAAAGACUUUCCAGACGAGGUUUUGCGAUUUGUGCGUUUGCAUCCUGUGAUGUACCGCCCAGUCCUUCCACACCACCACAGACCUAUUCUCCUGCAGACAGAGCCAAGCAGAAGAAAGCUGACCCAAAUUGCAGUAGACAGAGUCCAAGCACAGGAUGGACAUUACCAUGUUCUCUACAUUGGCACUGAUGACUCUCUGGUUUUGAAAGUUAUCACCAUCUACAACAAAGAUACAGACAGCAUAGAGGAGGUGCUGCUGGAGGAGCUACAAAUUUUCAAGGUGCCUGCUCCAAUCAAAGAGAUCAUAAUAUCACCCAAAAGGCAACAGCUGUAUGUUGGGUCAGAAGUGGGCGUUGCACAAGUCAGACUACAUCAGUGUGAUCUUUAUGGUUCAGCAUGUGCUGACUGUUGUCUAGCCAGAGACCCAUACUGUGCCUGGGAUGGUCUCACCUGCUCCAGAUACUACCCUGCUGGAGUUUACGCCAAAAGACGAUUCAGACGACAGGAUGUUCGUCAUGGCAACGCCGUACAGCUGUGCAAUGGACUGCAAAUUGAUGAUGAACAAUGGCAGAGGGCUGAGGAGAGGCUAAUAUAUAGCAUUGAGAGCAACACCACUUUACUGGAAUGUGUCCCUCGAUCACUUCAAGCCAAGGUUCUCUGGUUUGUAGAAACAAAAGGGGAAAAACAUGAGGUUCGAGGUGAUGAAAGGGUCAUCAUGACACCUCACGGGCUCCUGUUCUUACACGUGAAAAGCUCUGAUGCUGGUGUGUACGUGUGUCAGACUGUGGAACAUGGGUACGUGCACACAUUAUUACGGAUCAACCUGCAUGUGCUUCGAGCAGAGAGGCUGGACUUGGCUAUGCACAAGGCAAAGAAUGAAGGAGGAGAUGGAGCUGCAGCUCAAUGCCACUCCAUCAUUAUCCCCCCAGCUGCCCCCAGCGUCAGCUCCCAAUCUCUUCAGCUACCAUCAGUCCCAGCCCCCAAUUCCAGGCUCUGGUACAAGGAGUUCCUCCAGCUAAUUGGUUAUGGUGACGCUCAGAAGGUGGAGGAAUACUGCGAGAGAGUGUGGUGCUCUGAUAAGAAACGCAGAAAGACUAAAAGAAAGUAUGCAGCUUUAGGUGGGGUGAAGAGGGGAAAAGGAAGGGGAGAGGAGAACUCCCACAGAGCUCCAAGGCACAUCUUGGAUACCUGAAAACAACAAAGAUUCAGCAGAUAUGCACACACCUUCUCUCUAAACACACAUACAUACACAGCCUAAAGAUCAUACUCACUGGGUGUUUACACCAUGUCAGAGGUAUUUGCUUCAACAUUCGACAUCAGCUGAAAGACAAAAGCAGUAGCGGAUUGCCUUACAUUUGUAGCUACAUUUAUCACUGAGGUCUCUUCUGCUUUUUCUGAGUCACAUUUUGUCUUUUUCUGUGAGAUGUACAAAUGCAUUUACUGCAGAUCCUGAACAUUAAAAGCAUUUCUGUAGUACAGAAAAAAGACUGUAAAGGGUCAAGACCGAUAAGAUUGUGUAAAGUUUCUUCUGAUCAGAAGGACACAAGACUGCUUCUUUUAUGUUUGCCGCUCACGCUGAAACACACACACACCUGAUAGAUUACAUAUUCUGUAAUAUAUUAAAAAAAACAUUUUUGUGUUCAACACAAUUUUUUUCUAGUAGCACGAUAAACUAUUUCCCUUUUUUUCCCCUUUGAGAUAUUUUGAAGUAAAAAUGUUGCUGUUUUUUGUUGCUGUUGUUUUGAUUGUACAGUCAAAAGGCUAUGAGCUAAUUAAACAAAAUUACAAAACCAGCAAGGAUAACUGCAUUGACUGCUAAUAUACACUGUUGAAACAGGAUGUUUACAUACACAGUAUAAAAAAGAAAAAAUAACCUUUUAUUAUAUUUUCACUCUAUCAUUAAAUCAGUUAGUUUUUAUUGUUUAGGUCAUUGGGACUACCAAUGUUUUCUUAAUGGGCCUUUCGGCAACAAGAGGCACAAUUUCAUGCCAUUUCUGGUGUACAUACAAUUUCAAUGCUUGAGCUAUGUCGUGCAAUUGGCAAAAUACAUACUCCUUCUAUGGUGCUCUAACUGCCUGGGGGAGGAAAGACUCCUACCACACCCCAACAAAUAGCAGAGAGCUUCUCUAAUCAUGAUCUAAAUUCUAAGUUAAAACAAGUGCUUAUAGAUUUAGUACAGGAGAAGCAAGACCUAGGAAUAAUUUGCUCUGUGUACACUGCAGACCAAAACAACAUUUCGAUCUAGAAAUAUGAACAUGUUAGGAGGCAUGUUGAGAUGCACUUGAAAGGGCCCCCAUCCUUUUACACCAGUACCACCCCUGCCUGCAGUUAUUUGGGUGCAACAGGUGUAUUCAGUCAUGGAGAGCAUGGUUCAUUUAUUCUGCUUCACCAAUAUUUGUUGGCAUUACUUUUAAACUCAGAUUAUUUUGGUAUCCUACAGCCUUUUCCCAAAUGUUUACAAUAGUUUAAUCACCUAUUCUUCCUGACAGAAUUAGUCAUAAUUUUAGGCAGCCUUACGCGUACAAGAUCUAGAGGUUCUGACUAAGAUUUUCUAAGGGUCUGAGAUAAGGCCUUUGUGAUGUCUAUUUUUAGACCAUUUACUUUGCUGUGCUUAAACUAAUUUGUGGUUUCACUAAUUUAUUUUAUUUGUGGUCAUUGUUCAUUUAGAAAAUCAAAUGGCAUCUAAGCUUUUACUUCUUAGCUGCUGUCUUGAGGUGUUUCCUUAAUAUCUCCAUAAACUAUUCUAUACAACCCAAUUUGCAAUCUAUUUUUUGAAGUACAACAUUCUCUCCUGUAGCAAUACACCCUCAUAAUGGAAGUGGCAUUGUCAUCUUUGCAAGCUUUAAUUUUCUUAUGUUGUUGUCACACAGAACCAGUGUAUUUGAGGUGUUGCCCUAAAAGAACAUCCACAGUAUGUCCCCAAUGAACGCAGUGUCUUAACCUAUCAGAGGCUAAAAAUUAAUUUUAUAUGCAUUAAUAUCUAGACUCUCUCCAUUUUUCAAAAUGAUACAAUUAGUGUGUUUAAGUUUCUGACUUUGUAAAAGAUAUAAAAACAUCCUCUCAUCAUCAUGGCAUUUAGAAAAUAAAAUCUGUUUGGGUAAUCCUGUCUAACAAAGUAGAUAAGAUUUAGUCUGAUUUCAUAUUUGACAAUGAGAAAAGAAAUUCUCUGUGAUGUUUUAUACAGUGUAUGUAUAUAUCUUGCAUUAACAGUAAAUUGCAAAAUAAAUAGGGUAUUUUAAGGCGUGUUUCGAAUGCAAAUAUGCCCUCCUACAAAAAAUAUUUAUGGACUUGUAUAUGUUACAAUAGAUAAUAAAUGGUGUUAUCCAUGGACAGUUGGUUUGUAUUAUCUGUUUAUACCACCACUAUUGAUGAAGAGUUAAUCAAUUGACAUGGUUGUGCAUAUUGUGCAUUUGUCUUAAAUCUCCAAAAUUUGAGUAAUUCUUCUGGAAAGGUUCUUUAUAAGGGUUGCUCUCAUGAAAAUAAAAGCCAAAUGACCAAUUGUUGGGGCUCUACUGACCACUUGUUGUUCCCUGAGAGAUGAGUCAUUCUCUCAAUACCAGCAUUGGAACUCCACAUUCAGUUCCUGUCCAUGUCAGACCAGCUGCAGACCACCUCUGCACAUCCGUGAAAACAAAGCUUCUAGCUCCGAAGUCCGAAGAGAGCAUGCAACGGAGAUCUUGCUGGAGCCAAGUAGGCCGGGGCUGAACUUUGUAUUCACACAGUGGAAGGCUAGCACGCCCGUGGACAUUAACGUGUUGAGCUGUUGUCAUUGAUUAUUACAAUGUAGCUGUAGCUGCUCUGUGAGAAGGAUGCAAGUGGAGUGGUGCAAACAGGGAGGAUGUGGAAUUCAGAGGUAAGAGUGGGGAAAGUUGGACCUAAAGGUCUCCGCUCGUUAAAUGAUGGAUACCACAAAACAGGCUUAGUUUUUGGAAUGAGUUCUGAAACUCAUUCUAAAGAAAUUACAUAUACACAUUCAUGAAUCAAAUGAGUGAAUUCAUAAGCUGUACACAACAAAGAUUUCAACAACCCAGGAAAAUGAGUGGUGGGUCAUCGACUUGCUGCGACAUGAAAGGUGCUUAAGAGGAUGGACGUCCAUGUUUCUUAAAAAAUCAAAGCUCCAAUUAUAGACUGCCUUUGGAAAAACUGAGCGACUUGAAUAUGGUUUUCUCCAGUGUAAAUCUUCUUUGUAGCUGCCAUGAUUUAGAUAACUAAGAAUUUAAACAGACAUGUUAUUAAAGGAUCUUUUAUUGUGACAAAAAUGACUUCCUUCAAUCCUUUCUCAAACCUGAAUUCCUCCCUAAUCCGGUUUAGAAUAUUUUCACCCUAGGAAGAGUGACAGCUGGUCAAUAGAUGAGUGUAAAAGCUUGAACACAGCAGAUAAGAUUUAGGGUCCGAUCUGAUGGAAAAUCCGAUCGUAGGAGAUCAUGGUACUCCUUGACUCCAUGGUACUUAGUUCAUUUAAAAUGCAAGGUUCUGGUCAGACUGAACACAAUUCUCUGCGACUUUGCUUGCGUAGCUCCAACUGGGAUAGAUACUGGGUAUGUUUUUGUCUGACCUAAGCUGCAUUUUGGUGGUUGGUUGUCAAGUGGGGCAUCUGCUUUGUAUUUUGAUUGAGAGCAGGCAUAGCUCUGUGACAUUGACUACUUUCAUGACAUUUAAAACAACAUUCUUUAGGAAACAGUAGAACUCAAACCAACACCUAGAUCAGUGGAUAUUCCAUAUGUAGCAGGGAAUUCCUAAAAAACUUGGGUUGUUUAUUUUCUAAAUAUGAUAUCCCAGUGGCUUUAAACAUAAUAAAAAAACAGACUGGAUCACUUCAAAGAUCAUGUCUGGUGUGUUCAGGCCUUAACACACUAAACAGGCUAGCUGUUUCUCUUUCAAGGUGAAUUAGGGGGAAUGCUGGUUUGAGAGAGUAGGAAAAGAUGCAUUUUUUGGCAAUGAGAAACCACUCAUCAUCAACAGGAGUGGAUGCCUUCAAGUCAAACAGUUCCUCUCUUACAAUGCUGUUAUUGCUUAGCUGACUCCGCCUUUUGGGAACCACAAGCCUUAACGAUCAGUCAUUAGGCUAUCGGUCCUCAUUUACAUGCAUGCAACCAGUUCGGACUGUAACCUUUAACUGGUUUAUCCCAAAUGGCAAGGUAAUGCUUACUGUAUACGAAAUGUGUUGGACAUAUUUUUCUUAAAAUUUUUCUGUGCAGAUCUGUUUAUGUUUUGUUUUAUCAUUAUCAAAAACGGAUUUUUUUUUUUUCCUCCUGUACCCAAUUUUAAUAAUAACACCUCAUUUAGUUUGACAAACCUCCAUUACAUUUUGCAAAAGGGAUGCAUAAUUAGGGAAGCAAAGUGGUAAAUUGUAUUUCUUUGUUUAAGUGAGGGGCAAACAAAUUAAUAGCAGCCUUUUAUGAAAAUGUUGAAAUGAUAAAAUCAAAGGGAUGUAGUGGUAAAAUAACUGUACCUGUCCUCAUUUCUGUUUCAUUAGGAGGAUAUAUGUUUUGCUUUAUUUUUUUAUUUGUGCAUUAUUAAUUCAUUUCUGCUUUGGCUGUGAUAAGAAGACAGUUAUACAUCUAUCAAAACCUUAAACUAUCUAUUAUAAUUCAUACGUAUUUGAAAGGUAAAAUACCAGUAUUGUAGAAAAUGUGUACAGUUUACUUUUAAAAUGCCUGCAAUUAAAAAGAGGAUUACUUUCA